CUAUAAUUGAAAAGGUCGUCAUGGUUUUUGAUUUUUUAAACAUGGCUGCAUGCAACUAUCUAAUUUUCUAUACGAUGUUAAUCCUUGGUAUGUCGAUUACCUUAUACUGCGCUCCACUUCGUCGCAUUAUGAUCGAGUUACGGGCCGACAUUAAGAAAUCUCAUUUUGCCCGAGACGACGUGAGACUAGUCAGUAAUCUGCAGCUUGAAUAUGUUGGCAUGAAAUAGACAAAUAUGACUGUUAUGGAAACCCUUGGACCUCUCACGCUCUACGUUCACUUCACGUGGGGACAGUUUUGUCUAUUUUGUAAUUUCCAAGCGAUAAGGAAUUGGAAUUCGAUGACACAUUUUACGAAGGGCAUGCUGCUCACGUGGUCAACCACGGGUCAGAUAAUCUGGGGCUUAACGCUCGAGAUGGCCGGAAGGAUAGCGUUGGAAGCAACGAAAGUUACCAAGUCAUGGAAACAGAUAAAAAUCAAGGAUAAAUUAGAGGGCAAAAUAUUUACGAAAUUCAGAAAAUCAUGUCGUCCCGUCGUAUUCGGACAGGAAGGCGUGUUUACAAUCAAGCGAAUGACGGUCCUUAAAUUCUUUCGAGCAAUUGUGAAAGGAACGUUCAGAGCGUUAUUGACGAUUGGAGAGUGACUAAAAAGUAUAGCAAUUUAUAUGCAAACAUGCAUGAUUUUAAGCAGAGAUGAUGAAUGUAUGUACAUAAGUAUCUACGGUGAUAUAAA